UUUUCUCCUAAUCUAAUCACACCUGACAACACACCUGCCCACCUAUAAAUACCCCCAUUUUCAUCCCCAAUCUCAUUUCAUUUUCAUUUCAAUUUACAAAAACCCACAAGAUUUUGGAGCACAAAAAGAGAGUAACCCAGAAAAAGUGGUUGAAGGAGUAAUCAAUCAUGUGUGGUGGAGCAGUAAUUUCUGAUUAUAUACCCCCUGGUGUAACUCGUCGUUUGACUGCUGAUUAUCUAUGGCCUGAUCUCAACUCUGCUAAGACUAACAAGGGUAAUUCUGGUUAUUCUAAGCCCUUGAGAUCUAAAGAUGAUGAUGAUUAUGAUGAUACUGAUGCUGAUAAAGCUUUUGAAGCUGAUUUUCUCGACUUUAAAGAUGAGUCUGAUGAAGAAACUUUCAUGAAAUCAAAGGAUUCUAAACCCUUCUCUUUUGGGGUUUUUAAGCCUAAACAACCCAUCAAUGGACUGAAGUCAGCCGAUUUCAAUAGUCAGGCUGAGAAGUCUUCCAAAAGAAAGAGAAAAAACCAGUAUCGUGGUAUCAGACAACGUCCAUGGGGUAAGUGGGCUGCUGAGAUCCGUGACCCAAGGAAGGGUGUUCGAGUUUGGCUCGGAACAUUCAACACUGCUGAAGAAGCUGCUAGAGCCUAUGAUGCUGAGGCACGCAGGAUUCGUGGUAAGAAGGCCAAGGUGAAUUUCCCCGAAGAAGCUCCCGUAGCAUCUGCUACUCCUAGGCGUACUGUCAAAGCCCGUUCCCAAAAAGCUGCUGCCAAGACAAAUCCAAUCGCUUUCUCUCCAAACAUUAGCCAGAACUUCAACAUCUCGAACAAUGCUGAGAAUGAGUAUUACAACAGUUUUGCUUUUGUGGAGGAGAAACCUCAAGUAAUUCCCGCUGUAGAAGAGGUUGCAUUCAAACCCUUUUCCGCUCCUUCUUAUGAAGGAAGUAACACCCUUGAUUGUUCCGACUUCGGUUGGGGAGAGAAUGGCCCCAUAACUCCCGAAAUAUCAUCGUUCUUUGCUUCUGCCCUCGACAACGACGAUUUACACCUCUUUGAUGAUAGGAAUUCAGCAAAGAAGAUGAAAACCGCUUCAGGAGAUGCUAUACCCUUUGAGCAGAACAGUGAAAAGAGCUUGAGCGAGGAGCUGUCGGAUGCUGAUUUCGAGUCUCAGUUGAAGAUCUUGGAGACAACCCCAUAUCUUGAUGAGAACUGGGCUAUUGAGGCUUUCCUCGGAGGCGAUGCAUCCAACGAGUGUAACCCGAUGGAUCUAUGGAGCUUCAAUGACCUUCCUGCUUGGGGAGGAGUCAACUAAGCUCAAGAUGCGAGUUUGGCUCGCGUUUUUAUGUAAAUAAAACAUGUUAGUCACCGUCUUGGUUUUGUUCAAUUUUCAAGAGCUUCUGCUCGAGUCGUGAGUCGUAUGGUGCUUCUUAUAUAAUGCGUAGUGGUGUUGUUUCGCAGCUGCAGUAUUAAGGAAGUACAUAGGUAAAACUAGGUUUGUCCUUCCAUUUGAGAGACUCUUUUAAGUUUCGGAGCUUGUAUUUGCUGUAUUUAUUAUGUCUUGAUGAAGGCUGAACACCUUUAUGGUUUGAAGUUGUGGUCUCACCCCUUUUAAGACCAGCUAUGUGUUGCUUUAUUUUAAUGUUGUAAUGAACUUGGUAUUGUAAUUUGGAAUGUCCAGAGUUUGAACUCUGAAUCCGCAUAUGAUUAUAAUGGAUUAUUCUUUCUAACAUCAAUUUGCUGUUAGAUGUUAUUCUUUUUUA